AUGACUAAACCUCACGCUAAAGAUUUAUCUCAUUUAUUAUCUCUUGAAUCAAAAUCAAGACAGAAUUCUCCAUUAAAAUCUGCCUUCAAAUAUUACUUUGAUCCAAAGGUUACUUUCUUAGGUGGUGGUUUACCAUUAUCAGAUUAUUUCCCCUUUGAUAAUUUAACUGCAGAAAUCCCAAGUCCUGCUGCAUUCUCUUCUGGUAAAGGAAUCAAUACUACUGCUAGUGCUGAAAAACUUUCACUUCAAAUCUUUAAAGAUAAGACAAAAAAUGAACCAAAUCAAAUUGAAUUAUCAAGAUCUUUACAAUAUGGUCAUAGUGAAGGUCAACCGGAAUUACUUACCUUUGUCAAAGAUCAUACUGAUUUAGUUCAUAAAGUUCCUUAUGUCGAUUGGGAUAUCAUUGCUUCAGUUGGUAAUACUGAAUCUUGGGAAUCAACCUUAAGAACUUUUGUAACUCGAGGUGAUUCAAUCUUGGUGGAAGAUUUCUCCUUUAGUUCUGCUUUAGAAACGGCUCAUGCUCAAGGUAUUAAUACUAUUCCAAUAUCAAUGGAUGAUUAUGGUAUUAUUCCAUCUGCUUUAUCUACUUUAUUAGAUAAUUGGGUGGGUCCAAAACCAAAAUUAUUAUAUACCAUCUGUACUGGUCAAAAUCCAACUGGUUCAUCCUUAAGUUUCGAAAGAAGACAAGAAAUUUAUAAAUUAGCUUCUAAACAUGAUUUUAUAAUCGUCGAAGAUGAACCUUAUUAUUUCUUACAAAUGGAAGCUUAUACUACUGAUAAAUCUCAAAGAACAUCCACCAUAGUUCAUAAUCAUGAAGAAUUCUUAAAAGCUUUAGUUCCAUCCUUCCUUUCCAUCGAUACUGAAGGUAGAGUCAUUAGAUUAGAUUCUUUCUCCAAAGUUUUAGCUCCAGGUUUAAGAUUUGGUUGGAUUGUAGGUCAAAAGGAAUUAUUAGAAAGAAUUGUUAGAUUACAUGAAGUUUCAAUCCAAGCUCCUUCUGGUGUAACUCAAUCCUUAGUUAAUGGUUUAUUACAAAAAUGGGGUCAAAAAGGUUAUUUGGAUUGGUUAAUUGGUUUAAGAUUAGAAUAUACUCAUAAAAGAGAUGUCGCCAUUGAUGCUGUCAGUAAAUAUUUACCAUCUGAAGUGGUUAAUUUCUCACCUCCAGUUGCUGGUAUGUUCUUCACUGUCAAUAUUGAUCCAACCAAACAUCCAAAAUUCAAAACUGAAUUUGCUGAAGAUGCUUUAAAAGUUGAAGAUGCCGUCUAUGAACAAGGUAUUAAACAAGGUUGUUUAAUGAUUCCUGGAUCUUGGUUCAAAUCUGAAGGUCAAUCAAACCCACCUCAACAUGAAUUAGAACAUGCUUCCCUUGUCGCUGCUCAUAAUCCUCAUGUAUUCUUCAGAGGUACUUAUGCUGCUGUACCAUUAGAUGCCUUAGUAGUUGGUAUUGAAAAGUUUGGUGAAGCCAUUAAAAUUGAAUUUGAAUUAUAA